UGAACUUUCCUGAUCCACAACAUGCCUGCUUCAACACGGCAGCUGUGCUGUCUGACAGACUGACAGAUGCCUUCACCAUGAUGCUGGGCGGCAGAGCACUGGUCCUCCUCCUCUUGGUGUCGCAGGUCAGAAGCUUCCUGAGCCCCUCUGAGGAAGACGAUGAUGAUGAUGGCAUCCCUGAAGAGUGGGUUCUGCUCCAUGUGGUUCAGGGCCACAUCGGGGCCGGGAACUACAGCUACCUGCGCCUCAACCACGACGGCAGAAUUGUCCUGCACAUGCAGAGCCUCAAGGGGGAUGCAGACCUGUAUGUGUCCGAUAAAACCCUUCAUCCGAGCUUCGACACCUACAAGCUGCAGUCGGUCACCUGCGGCCAUGAUGUGGUGGUCGUUCCAGAGGACUUUGCACGGCCUGUGGGCAUUGGCAUUUAUGGCCACCCUUCUCAUCAGGAGAGUGAGUUUGAAAUGCGAGUGUUUUAUGAUCAGGCCGUGGCCCAGGACCCAUUUGAGAAGGGCUCAUACCCAUCAGAGGAUGAACGGAAAGGGAGGAAAGCUGCUCUGGCAGCAGAAGAUGACUUUCAGGAAGAGGAGUCUAUCUUUUGGACCAUUUUGAUUGGACUUUUAAAGAUAAUUCUUGAAACUGUGUUUUGAAAAUCAGUCCUUUCCUUAGAAUAAUCUACAUUUGACAAAGUCAGCCAUGAACCAUUAAUUCAAAUAUACAUUUUUUUUUUCUUGGAAUCUGUAAGGAGGGAAAAUGCCUGUACGAAUCCCCAGGGAGGAAUCUGCCAUACACGUGGACAAAAUUGUUUAAUAAAAGAAAAAAACCACAGUG